UGGAUGUUAAAAUGCUGACUUGCCUUGAGCACAUCAAGGCACAAGUACACCAAAACACUAGACUCUUGCAAGCGAUUCUGAAGAAAUCUGAUGAGAUCCAGUCAGUUGAGGAAGGAGAGCCCAACCAAUUUAACAUUUUCCCCCUAAAAAUAAAGGAUGAUGUGGACAAAUUGGAGGAGAAGUUGGAAGACGUUGAAGUUACAAAUCAACUCGUAAAGAAUUUAUGCACAAUCGGUGGAGAAAAUGUAAAGUCCACUGUCAGAAGACUCUUAUCUUACCUUUUUGCCAAUGACCUUGCCAUUCGCAUCAACUGGAAAGGGAAGGGAGGAAAAAUUGCAUUUUCCUCCCUUAGAAUCAAGGAUAUAGUUACCAGGACUGUCCGAAAAAACAGGCUAACAGCUGCAGCGACAGACAGCGAAAUUUGUACCAUUAUAAAAGAUUGGUUUCGCUUUGCCAGUGACCGAGAAGGGGGGCGAAAAAAAAGGGAAGAGAGGAAGAGGAUGAACGAAGAGAAGAGGAAAGAGAAUGAAAAAGGAGAAAGUGCAAAUGACUCGGAGUGAAUGAAAGA